GUCUGCCUCGGCAACCAUUUUAUGGCGGCAUAAUAGGCAGCAGCCAUUAUACGAACGAGUAACAUCUGUUAAUGAAUCUCUCUUCUAUACCAAUCACCAUGGAAAACAGUCCACUCCUUCGCCUCCCUGUCAAUAUCCGCCGCCAGAUCUACCACCAUGUCUUUGGCAAAGGCACCGUGCAUCUCCUCGAAGAGAAAAAGCACAUAUUCUGCGUCUGGUGCCCCAAUCCAACCCGGCACCAAAUCGAGGCCAAUGAAUUCUGCAACGCGUAUCAUCAGGCCUCAUCUGCCCUCCGCCGCUUCGGCCUUGCAAUGGACAACAUCUCCGAGUUUGGCUGGGGAGAUCCUUAUAUACCCGGCGGUCUGGUCUCGACGGGAGACGUGGCCCUCCUCCGUGUCUGCCGCGAGAUCCACGCCGAAGCCCUGCCUGUUCUAUACGAAGAUGCAACAUUUGAGGUUAUCGGUCUUGACGCCUGGCUCUGGUUCUUCGCCCGCCUGGGCGAGAAGGUUGCCCUGAUUCGGAGAUUGAGGGUUUUGCUUUUCUCUGUACCUGGCUUAGACCGUAAGAAUGCGAGGGAGCGGCGUCGGGGGAAUGUAGUCCAUGAUCUCGAUUUCUAUGACCAGUUUUGGACGCUUGUACGCGUGAAAAUGACCGGCCUGGCUCAUUUGGUUGUUGAGCUGCAUCUACUGGCGGCGGUGCCUAGGACUGCCGAUGCGGAGUGGUGUCGCCCUGUUAAAGCCCUUCGAGGGCUGAGGUCUUUCGAGCUGGAGAUAUUUGAUUCUACAGUUCUUCAGGAUGGGUAUUCUGGUGCUGAGACUGUCGCUGUGGAGGACUGUCUGAGAGACAUUGUAUGCGCGGGGCAUGACGAAACGGUGCAUACAGAUGUUGCUUCCGUACAGCUUCCGCGUUUUUAUUCCGGAGCGCAAUAUGUAAGAAAGAACCGUAGAUGAACCAUACAUAGUCCUUAUAGUACAUAUUGUAUACGGACUACUCCGAUCGGAUGCAUCCGACUCGGACCCACCCGGUCGCAGUUUCACAACAUCCCAACUCUCCCUCCCUCCCUCAUUCUUUAACACAAGCACCAUGUUAACAGCAAGAACACUGAAAGCGGCAAUUCCACGUGCCAGUCUGGCGACUCGCACGAUCAGCACCGGCACAGUCCCGACCGUCGCGGUUCUACACCAGGCAAUCGACCCCCCGGUUAUCAAUGGCGUGCGCAAACCGCGCAAGCCAGGUGGUGAGGGCGCCA